CUGACCAUACCCAAGACGAAGAACGUAUUAUUUGGAUUUAUCAACAAUUGGUGUGCUAACAAAAAUCUUUCUAUCGUUGUCUAAUCAUUUUACCGCGUUAGAUACAUGACUCUUUUGUAGAUUUCUAUAAUGUGAAACUCAUUUAUUUUGUGAUUAGAUCGGGUUGUCUGAUUUUGUGAUUCAACUAGUUAAGUAUAGCGAUAUAUGGCCUUACCUGGUCAGUUCCAUUUCACUUUUCUUUGUCAAACGUAAUGUGUACCUACUUAGUGUGAAAGCGAAUAGUGCAACGAUAGUUUUUGGUGAUUAGUUUUUUUCCUAUUUUUAUAACAACAUGAAUUAAUCGGUUUAAUGUGGUGAUUAAAAUAAAUAAAUGUCAUUAGUAGAAAUUUGACUCGGGGAAAAAAAUUCCAAAGUAUGCUGGAAAAAUUAACGUCAUAGAUGUGAAACGCAGAUAACAAAAACCUGUCAAGCAUUGGUGCAAUCAUUCUUGGACUACGCACCUGCUAUACACUCAUUUUUGUUUAAAAUCUGCAAUACAAAGAUGUAGUGCAUAAUUAAAGAUAAGGACUCAUGUACUUGAAACUCUGUGGACGUUAAUGUUUUGCAUAAAGUAAAUAUAAUUUUCCAGUGGCUAUUGGAAUCAACACUUCAAAUACAAAAGUCUUUCUGUUAUUUACAGUAAUGACAUUUUUAUCGACGAUCAAUAAUUCUAUUUUAAGAACAAACAAUUCAUUAGCUCUUUAAACCGAAGUUUAUUAUAGAAGUAAUAAGUUAUACAAGAAAAAGUAUUCACUAAAGUCGUAUUUAGAUUUUUAACGUUUCAUGACAUUGAAAUGACACAGCGGGAAUUGCCGAUCUUAUUGAUAGUAGCUUACGUGAUGAUAAUUUUUUUCAGCUAUAAGUGUUGUACAUUCAAUCUCAUAAGGAUAAGUAAUUAAAAAUCACGCAGAUUCAUAUUAGUUGAGACAAAAAGCUUUUGAAAAGAUUCAUAAUGACGAAAGUAAAAUAUGUCGUACCGGAUGGUGGUAUGGGAUGGGUAAUAGUACUCGCCUUUGCUUUGAACAACAUUGUAAUGAUACCGAUUAUCCAAAAUUUUGGCAUGAUCUAUGGCAGUGCUUUCAAACGAUAUGGCAUAUCGGCGACACAGUCGACUCUUAUAAUAAAUGUCAAUCAAGCGUUUGGUAUGGUGCUCGGCAUGAUGAAUGGACCAUUGUUACGCAAGUACGGCUACCGAAAGAUGGCUGUGGCAGGCUCUCUACUCUAUUCGGGCGGUGUAAUCUUGACCUCCUUUGGAUCGAGUUUGAAUCACUUUAUCAUUACAUACGGAAUGAUAACCUCUCUCGGCAUGAGUAUGGGGAUGUCCUCUUUUUCCCUCGCAAUAAAUACAUAUUUUAGAGAAAAAAGAGGUCGAGCUAUGGGCUUGGCCAUGACAAUUACGGGGAUAGGUCCAAUCGUCAUACCGUACUUAGUAUCAUUUUUAUUGUAUGAAUACGGCAAUGAGAGAACUAUGUUUAUAUUGGGAGGCUUAAGUUUAAAUUCUCUAGUUGGUGCAUUGUUGUUGCAUCCGAUAAAGUGGUAUGCAAAACCAGAGAAGGAAACAAAAGAAGAUUUGUCACCAACAAUUGAAAAAGAUCCUGAUAACGAUGAAUUUAGAAAAAACUACGUAACUCAAGAAUCUGCAUCUCUGCUAGGUGGUUCCACAGAAAAAUGCUUGUUCGAUGUAGAAAAUGACAAAAUACGCAAUCGCAAAAUAAGUCGGACUAUGACGAUUUAUAGUACUGAUUUUAACGAUGACAAUACCAGUAUUUACGGUUUUGAAAUGCCCAUUUCCAUGCAGAACGGCUCCCUUCUAGAUAUUAGGGAUUUGGGCACAGAACAAGAAGAUGAAAACACAAAAAACAAGGAGGAUAAAAUUAAAUUUCAAAGGCAAUUAUCUGCGGGUAAUGACGUGGCCGAGUUCAGACGGAGCAGCAGUUUCAGCGAAAUGAAAGCACGCAAAUUUAGUAUUGGUUCGCGAUACGGAGAUCUCGGUCUGACGAAGAAAGUCCUCACAGAGUGUCCUGAAGAGGAGAGAGAAUUCAUAAAAACUAACGGCGAUUAUUUGGAAAAUAAAACGAACAAAUCAGCAGUGCCGGCAUUCACGGAAAUAGUCAAGUUUUCCGAGCCCGAAGUGAAAAUUCCAGAGAGACCAGAAUCCCUAAUCAAACGUUUAUUUAUUGCCAUAAACAAAUUCUUCGACCUGGACCUCCUCCGCGAUCCUGUUUACGUCAACAUAAUGAUGGGCAUGUCUCUGGCCAUAUUCGCCGAGUUCAACUUUUCAACCCUGACUCCGUUUAUCCUGAAAGACAUGCAUCUUACGGAUGGUGACAUCGCUAAGGUGAUGAGCUCCGUCGCGUCCACGGAUCUUAUACUCAGGGCGGUGUCGCCCUACAUUGGCGAGUUCCUGCGCAAGUCUCCUAGGAUGAUGUAUCUCGUCAGUCUCUUCCUGCUCAUCAUCACGAGAACGGGGUUGCUGAUGGUGGAGCAGUUCUACCUCAUAGUAGUUGUUGCCUUCGGUCUUGGUGUUGCCAAAGGUGUCAGGACGGUGUACAUGACACUCGUGAUACCCAGUCACGUUCCGCUGGAGAAACUCGCGAAUGCCAGCAGCAUCCAGUCGCUGGUUAAUGGAUUCUUCCUUAUGGUCAUUGGACCGUGUUUGGGUGUGAUAAGGGACCUCACCGGUAGCUACGUGUACUGCAUCAUACUGAUUAACGGCGUGACCUCGAUCACCAUAAUAAUGUGGCUCAGCGAAUUCGGAAUCAAGCGCAUCUUGAGGAUAAGAAAGCAGGGAGGAGGAACCAGCGAAAAUUUGGAGCAGGAUAUCCUUAAAAAAGUCGAAUCUCAAUAAAAUCGCAGCGCUCGUUAAA